AUGGAAUCUCGGCAGAAACAUAUCAAGUUUAUGGCUCAGAAAUACUUGGACAGCAGCCAGAGAAAGACACCUCAAAUACCACCCAUUUAUAAAAGGCAGGUACAUUCUUUUUCACCAAACAGGAAGAUCUAUCUAUAUAUCCCUACGAGGACCCCCUUAUUCCCAGACAUUUAUGGCGGAAAGAAAAACAAAGAAAAGGCUGGAGGUCGGUUGCAACUGCAGUUGAAUAUGGACAGUCCAGGCCCAGCAGCUUACUCCCCUCCAACCAUGGCCUGCCGAGAAACCAUCGCCCCGUCCUACACUUUUGGGUGCAAGACCCCUCCUCGAGAAGGCGGAGGGCGUCGUGCGUGGCAAAAGUCUUGGUUCAUGAGCAAGAACCCUUUCUGGAGGAAAGUGGACUUCGGCACCGAAACCAACUGGCCUUCUCCAUCACAAUACGGUCAACUCUUAGGAACCAAACUUGGCAACCGGUCAAACACCCCGAACUUCACUUUCGGCCAGAGGGGCGAGUACUGUUUGAUUAACAAAGGCGCCAUAGACGAACCGGGACCCAGUCAAUAUAACAUCGACCGUGCCUAUACGUUUGUGCUUCACCGUUCACCGUCCAUCAUCAUCAACCCUGCCCCACUCACUCUGUACAAAUGGAUCGAAAAAGAGGAGACUCCUGGCCCGGGGGCUUACAACGUAGACAAAGGCUACAACGCUCGUCUGCCCAGGUGCCCAAGCUUCUACAUCCAAGGCGUGAGACGACCCAAGAAGCACGAAACCGGGCCGUUUUCGACACUGUGA